GGAGCUCAAUAAGAAAAAAUAGCGAUUGAUCCGCUGUAUUGACUACUACUGUUGACGGUAAAAGCAAUGAUGGCGACGGACAACACCGCAGUAUUAUCGAAAUUCAAUGGCUUAUGUGCCGAGCAUGGGCUGUUGGACCGUCGUGACGGCAUGGAAGAAAGCGAUCGAGCAGACGGCAUCACGGAUGCUACUACCCUGCUACGGUUUCUCAAAGCAAACCGGAUGGAUGUGUCAGCUGCACUGAAACAAUUUCGGGAAGCAACUAAAUUCCAUUGUACGAAAAAUGUUACUCAACUGUAUGAUUUAAUCAAUGUUGAUGAUUUCGAAGACACCCGAAAACUGUAUCCGCACUGGACAGGCCGUCGGGAUAGUCGAGGAUUACCCAUCUUUAUGAUAGAUGUAGCCCAUCUCGAUCAAGAGGCAAUUUCCCAUUGGCGAGAAACAACAGAAAUAUCAAGCCACGAUUCUUGCGCCGAUAUCAAUAAUACAAGGCCCGAUAUGGCUCAAAGAGCCUGCGUACUUCACGAUUAUAUUACACGAUUCGUCUUUCCACUAUGCUCAGCAAUGCACGACCGGCCACAGUCCCCUGAACCUGUCUCCAGAUCAGUAUAUUUAAUAGAUGCAUCAUCUCUCGGUUUUAAGCAAGCGUGGGAUCUUCGAGACUUUGCAAGGGAAAUUACCUGGAUCUUGUCCACAUGCUAUCCAGAAACAAUUGAUCGUAUUCAUGUUUGCAAUGCUCCAACAUAUUUCUCGCAGAUGUGGAACAUCCUGAAGAAGUUCGUGGACCCUGUGACUGCGGAGAAGAUCGUAGUGUUGAAGUCGGUGGACGUCUAUCCCGUCCUGAACCAAUCCAUUCACCAUGAUGAUAUCCCCACCCAAUUCGGAGGCGGCUUUGAUUUCAGUAAUGGUAUGCUUCCAAACUUGUGUCCUGCUAUUCAGUAUACAUUAAACUGGUCGGAUCCGUCUUCAACAACGUUGCCUCCAGGUCCGAUCAAGUGGAAAGAAAAUGGAGAUGAUAGGAUUGCGAUAGCUACUGGGACGGUCGAUGGAGUCCAAAGGGCGAUUAAAGUUGCCUCGCUAGUUGGUUGCGAUGAAAAGUGCCCAGAGGCAUUGUUCUCUUGAGCAGUGGUUGCCUGAAAGUCACUAUUCUUCAAUGAGUCGAUAAUUACAAUUGUUAUGAUCAUACAUUAUCGGUAAUAGUUCGGAAUAUGAGGGGGGAAAAUAAAUAUCUAGUCACAAGGUACAUCUAGAUAAAGAAUAGGAAACAGAG